AGACCCCCUCUCGCUUCGCCCCUCCUCAUCCUCUCUCCUCUCUCCCCCGCCCCGUUCGUCUCCGGCGAGCUAGGGUUUGCCCCCCCGCCUUGCCACCCCACGGUUCCCGCCAUCCUUGGAUCUCCAGCCAUGUACGGCGGAGACGAGGUUUCGGCAAUCGUCAUAGAUGUGGGCUCUUACAGCUGCAAGGCGGGCUACGCAGGCGACGACACCCCCAAGGCCGUCUUCCCAUCGGUUGUUGGUUCAAUUGAACAAACUGAAGACACAGAUGACCCCAAGCCAGAGAAGGAAGCUGACUCUGCAUCAGAUUCUAAGAACGGUGCCAAGCCCAUGGAUGUGGACAAAGCCAAGACAAAACGCAGACUUUAUGUAGGCCAAGAGUUAGAGUUCAGGAGGGAUCACAUGGAGGUGAUUUCAUCUAUGAAAGAUGGAACGGUAACUGACUGGGAUAUUGUUGAUAAUAUAUGGAAUCAUGCUUUCAGACGGAGGUUGUUGAUCAAUCCUGAAGAGCAUCCUAUGCUCAUUGCUGAACCAUCUACAAACACUGCACAGCAAAGAGAGAAAGCAGCGGAACUUAUGUUUGAGAACUACAAAGUGCCAGCGCUGUUUCUAGCCAAAAAUGCAGUGCUCACAUCUUUUGCGUCUGGACGAGCUACAUCUUUGGUGGUUGACAGUGGUGGUGGGUCUACUGUGGUUUCUGCUGUACACGAUGGUUUUGUUUUACAGAAGUCUGUGUCGACUUCUCCAGUUGGCGGUGAAUUUUUAACUGACUGUAUGAUGAAAAGCUUGGAGAGCAAGGGCAUCGUCAUUAGGCCCAGAUAUUCAUUUAAGAAGAAGGAAAUCAGUCCUGGAGAAUAUAAGAUUGUAGAUCUUGAUCUUCCAAACACAACUGAGAGUUACAGGUUGUACUGCAUGAGAGCUAUUGCUAGUGACGUCAAGGAGUCUGUUUGCAGAGUUCCAGACACUGCUUUUGAUGAAGUGGCAUAUGCAAAUGUUCCUACAACUUCAUAUGAGCUUCCUGAUGGACAAACUAUUGAAGUUGGUGCUGAUAGAUUCAAGGUUCCUGAUAUUCUAUUUAAUCCAUCUCUAUCCCAGACUAUUCCUGGGAUUGAUGGAUUUGCAGAUUCAAUACCAGUCCGUGGCCUUCAACGAAUGGUCAUUGAUAGCGUAAAUAAGUGCGACGUUGACAUACGAAAAGAGCUAUUCAGUAACAUCUUGCUCUCUGGUGGGUCAUCAUCAAUUCUGCAGUUAAAGGAGCGCCUGGAGAAAGAAGUAUUGGAGGAGUCUCCUCAAGCUGCUCGUGUCAAGGUUAUGGCAAGCGGAAACUCAGUAGAGAGACGUUUCAGUGUUUGGAUUGGAGGGAGCAUUCUAGCAUCUCUUGGGUCGUUCCAGCAGAUGUGGUUCUCCAAAGCAGAGUAUGAAGAGCAUGGGGUUUCCUAUAUUCAGAGAAAGUGCCCUUGAAGCAGGGGAAGGAAUAUGUACAACCAAUAUUAUGCUUUACGAGCCUUAUUGUUGCCAAAGGGUUCCUUGUGUACAACAGCCUGGUGCCUUGCCAUGUUGGCCAAUGAAUACUCGAGACUCUUUUCAAGUGACGUUUGUUGUCUUCAUGGCUAGUUAAUUUUAGGUGAUGUAAGGUGAACGUAAGAACUAGGUCAACUAAAAUAUUUAUCAUUGACAGUAUGCUGAAUCUGUCUCCCCUUCUGUAGAAUGAGACGGGACCCCAUCUUGUUCUGUACCGGGGCUAAUUCUUUGCCAGCACACAAAGAGCCAAGACGAUUGUUGUAACUCGGGUU